UUUUAUGUUAGCUUUGGAAAAGAUAGUGAUUAAAGAAAUGUUGUCUGCCUCAGCAUUGGAUCAUUCACACACGCCAGAGAGGAAGAACAUCACCACCAACACCACCAACACCACCAGCACAACCAACAGCAGCAGCAGAAAAAGAUUUGGUAGUAGUAAGAAAUUGAUGGAUGAGUAUUCUGGUAGAAGAGGUGUGGAUGGGGUGGCAGUCCCUAGAAAGGGGAUGACCCAUGUAUUUAGAGAUACUGCUAAUACUAGAGAGCGAACAGGGCAAGUUUGCAGCAAAUUAGGUUGCAGUAGUAGAGCCAAUAUUCCCAAAGUUGCUCAAGUCAGAUCUUCUGAAAAGGGUAAAUCUGUGAGGCCUUUAUUCCAGUCCUCUUCAACUAGCAAAGAAGAAAUUGGAAGUUCCUCUAGAUCUACUAGUAACCCGGCAAAACGAAAUACGGAACCACGGAAAAUAUUAUCCUCUCAGUUUGAAGCAGAUUCCCCUGAAAGUAGUAGUGUACAGGAUGAACCAGAAUCUUCAGAGCUCAUCCCUCCAUCAGAAGAAAUUCAGAGAGGGCCUAAAUCCAGGGGGGGAAGUUCAGAGUCUAGUAAUGUGAGACUGAUGGAAGUAGGAAGCUCCAGUUCAGUAUCAAAUACUAGAUCUCAAAGGAAUUUAAAUCAAAGAUCUGGAUUGCGUGGACAAGAAAUCAAAAGCACUGGUCCAGUGACACAUGCUGUUUCAAGCCGGUAUGGAUUGAGGAACAUCAGAUGCAACACUAUAUCUGAUGUCAUCCCAUCUGGUUGUUCAUCAUCAGAUUCAAGUCAUAAUAGAAGGAAGGAUACAAUAAAAAAGAGAGACGGUGAAGGGGAAAGUAGUUCCACUGUCAGAGGGAAGAAUAUUAUUGGAUCUUCACUGGAAGGACGUAAUUCUGGCUCCAGAAAUGGCAUAUCUAUAUCUGAUUCAAGAAGAACAAGAAAUACAUUUUCUCACCGGAAUACCAGUUUGACACCAGUAAGAACUCAAAGAUCACUUAGUGGUCAUGCCAGGGGAAGGCUUUCUAGCCAAGGAAAUGAAAACCCUUUGGCAACCAGUGAGUUCCCACAUUCUGGUGAUGUUAAUCCUCAUGGCAUUUCAUGUCAGAUUUCUGUGGAGACUCCAUUAACUUGCUCAAGCUCUUGUCAUUCACCAGGCAAUAGCAGUGAGGACUUACCUCUGUCUCCUCCGGCAGAAGAUGACAUCACUGAUUCUCUAAAUGGGGACAACUUUUGGCAUUACAAUAUGUCCAGUAUUGAAGGGGUUGUAUUGGCCCUUGAGAGGAUUGAACAAGGUGGAGAGCUAACCCGUGAGCAAAUUCUUAUGUUCGGGACAGACAUCUACGAGAAUGGAUUAAACUUUUAUGAUCACCACAGAGACAUGCGGUUGGAUAUUGAUAACAUGUCCUAUGAGGAACUCUUAGCCCUGGAAGAGAGGAUGGGAACUGUGAGCACAGCUCUAUCAGAGGAAGCACUUGCAGAAUCUCUUAAAAGAAGUAUAUAUCAGUCUCCACCUACACAUGACACACAUGAGAAUUGUAAUGAAGAUAAGGAUGACAUCAAAUGCUGCAUUUGCCAGGUAUUUUUAUAAUAUGUAUCUCGAUGCUCACAGGGAAAACAACUCAUAGUCAUGUUCAGUAUCAAACUUAGAGUAAUACUAAAUAAUUUGAACUAACUCUGGUCAUGUAUUAUUUAUGACAUGUCUCCUCUAACAUUUCCAUAAAUGGAAAAUCUAUCCACUAAUGCUUUCAGCAUCAUAAACCUUAAAAUUAUCACAUGUGUCAUUCCUGCAUACCAAAUCCUUUAUUUGAAUGUCAAAUGACCUAAACUGUGUACGCUUAUCUACAUCUCUUACCUUCUAUAUUUUUCCAAAUAAGGUCAUAUUAGGCAUCAUUUCGAGCUUUGACAUCUCAACUAUGGUGACACCCACCUUUUAUAUUUUUCAUAUACAUAGUUUUCAAAGAUAUUUAUGAAAAAACAAAGGGGACAAUCAAAAGUUAUCCACUUUGGACAUACCAAUAGCAUUUUCCUUUACAUAUAGCUUCUACUAUAAAGCCUUAGAGCUUCCUUUCUGGGAGAGAGGAUAAGCAUUAACAAUUAUGUUUCAUUUUCUCAAGAUGAACAUAUAGAUGUUUGGUGCAAUUUUUAACUCUAGCAAUAUGAAUUUUGAGUAGUUGACAGUAUAAAAAAUUAUUAUACAAUGUACGGAAAUUGAACUCUUCAUUUUAUUGAUUUGGA